CUGAGAUCGAGCAGCGAGGAGGAGAGCGAGGGACCAGCGGAGGUUUUCCCUCUCACUCGCAGGCGGUCCUCGGACACCAUGACGGGAGUCCACCGCCGACCGUUGACCCUGAACAGGUGCUGAGUUUCGAUAUUCUAAAUGCUAUAUUCUACCCAUCUAACAAAAUUCCACCAUGGAAACCUCUCCAAAUAUUACCAAAUGCACAAAGGAUGUUGUCCAAUCAGAAUGCCCUAUUCCAGAAGAGGCGGAGCUUGCAGAUGCCCUUGGCAACACAGAUCCCAACGCCAACUGGGGGGCGGAGCCUAACUUCAACCUCAACCUCACUCUGACAUCGCCAAGCAACCCCCGCCCUGCCACAGAGACCUCGAAGCUGCAUGGAGUGACCAAAAAGGAUCAUGGGAACAAAGGAGGUUGGGCAAGAGGAGCAGUUACUACGGAAACUGGCAAGUCAGCAAGUGCCCUGACGACCUGUGUGAUGUCACCAAGGGAAAGAGAUGAUCCAUCGCGACCAAAAAGCAAGAUUUCAGCUUUGUCUCGCUCACCAACAGCGGAGGCGUUGGUGAACAGCAAAGAAGAGCAAAGGUUGAAACUCCCAAACCCAAAACGUGCUCCUUCACUCAGCCCGACGUCGCACGCACACAGCAGCAUGGCAGCAAGUCCAAAACCACAAGUAACCAUAAGCAGCCCCAGAACGACCGAAAGAGUCCAAAGCGUCUCAAACCCCAAACCACAUAUUGCACUGACGACAAAGACUACCAUCAAAAUAACCAUUAACCCAAAAGGACAUAGCCACCACGAUCAGAAAGGGGAUUUAAAUGUUACCAAUCAAACCCCAACAAUUACCGCCAAACCCCAAAAACCAGACCCAGCAAGCACCAGACAUGACUUAGGAACUCAUAGUUCUGAGAUGCCCCCUGUAGGACCAAAAUCCCCAAAUCAGAGGGCUGCAACGGCACUGCACAGCACCAAGACGCGUCAACCGAGUUCUUUGAAUGCCAAACCGUCCACUCAAAGGAAGGCUUCUGGGACCAGGAACAGUAGCGCAUCAGGGUCCAAGGAAAAUCUUGAUGGUAAAGAUUUGAGCCUCAGUUCUGGAUCCAAAACCACUUACAAAUCCAGUUCAAUUUCUAAAGCCAAAACCAAGGACAGUCUGGAUUCCAAAACCUGUCCAAACUCUAGAACAGCAAUGGGGUCCAAAGAUAGCCUUUCUUCUAAAAGCGGCUCUGCUUCCAAAACAAGUUCAAGGGACAGCCUAGAUUCCAAAACUGGCUCAAAUUCUAAAGCCAGUCCCAAUAGUAAGUCCGGGAUGGGCUCCAGAGAUAGCCUUGAUUCUAAAAAUGCAACUGAAAUCAAAGCAAGCAAAACCAAUCCAGAUUCUAAGACAGUUGUGGGUUCGAAAUCUGGCGUUGGGUCAAAGGACAACCUAGAUCCUAAAACUCAGUCUUCAGACUCUAAAACCAGUUCGAAUCUCAGAACCAGUCCAAGUUUUAAACACGGCUCCCAGUUAAACCCCAGCUCUAAUUCUGAUGUCUUUUCCAGGUCUAAACCUGGUCCGACCCGUUCUUCUUCUUCUAAACCUUCUCUGGUUGCGUCUAGCUCUAAGAUGGACCUUGUUGGACCUGAUUCCCUAUUGUCCUCUGGAACUUGUCUGCAGGGUUCCAAAGACAACAACCUCAAGGCCGCAGCGAGUGGUUCUAGUUCCGAUUCUUCUAAGCCUGGACCAGUGCGGUUUAGCUCAAAGCCAGCUCUGGCAGAUUUGUCACCCUCCUCUGUCCUGUCUCCUUCACCGAGUCCAACAAGUAGCAGUCCUGGGUCUGAUCCUGGCAAAGCUCUUGGUUCUAGUCCGGCUGAACCAAACAGGGAUAUCCAGAGGAGUCCUGGUUCUGGUCCAGGCUCUGGUGUGAUUUUGGGCCUCCUGGAUCCUCUGGCCACCUCCAGCCCCAAAACCAGAUCCACCGUUGCGUUGACAAUGAUGAAAGGCUCCACGUCAGCGCCUGCGGCAGUUGCAUUAAACACCAGCAGGACAUCCGUUAAUGUCAGUCUAACUCGGGGUCUCACCUUUGAUGCUGCUGUUGACGGAGAACAUUUGAAACUGCCGGAGACCAAAGUGAGAGCUGCAGGAGAACCGGCAGUGUCCCAGGAGGCCCUGCAAGGAGCAGAUGUAACUGACAACACAGCGCGGUUGCCAGGAGAUAGGAAGAUACCGGGCACCCGGCUGAGCAAACCAAGUCAACUGGGAGAUGGAAAUGCCAUCGCCGUUGGUAGCAACAUCCCAUCGCCAAGGGCAAAUGGUGUGGAGAGGAAGAAGGAAGACAAGAAGAAGGAGAGGGGGAAACCGAAACAUGGUCCGGGGAGUUCUUCAUCUCCCCUUCCUUCAUCUUCAUCUCAGCUUUCUACUCAUCCAGCGAGCUCCAAGAGUGUAAGGGAGACCGCGACCAUGAUGAGCCCGAGUGAGAGUCUUCAUCUGCAGGAAGGGGAACGCAGAGAGGUGGGCGUCCAAGUGGAGGUGGUCGAAUGCUCCAACUGCCACAGUGGAGCGUCCUCCUCCCCGAUUGGUUCUCCCAGCUGUGAGUGCGGUAGUUUGAAUUCUCCGACCGUCCCAUCACUGUGCUGCACCCCCGCCGGGCACCCACCUUACCAGCACGUCUGCAAGAUCGACAUCGAGCUGUGCAGCCAGUUGGCGCUUCCAUCUGUUGGCGCUGAGCGGGCUAGCUCCCUCGCCGCCGGUCUGCGGACGUACAGCUUCCAGCAGAGACCCCCCCGCAUCCCUGAGCUGCAACUCGGACAAAACCAAGACGUCAGCUCGGAGAGCAUCUGGGAGGACGGGGGGCAGGAGGACGUAGCAAGGGAAGAGACGGGGAAGCCACAGGAGGUGACGUGGGACCAACAAGGAAGGACGUGGGAGGUGUACGGCGCCUCGGUGGACCUGGAGUCCCUGGGCACUGCGAUCCAGUCCCACUUGGAGUCAAAGAUUCGGGAGCAGGAGAAACAGAUCCGGACUCUGAGGAAAUCCACCUGCUCCGACGUCAGCCUCGCAGGUUAUAAGAGGAAGAAGAGGAGAGGAGGGAUUCUGGGAUGCUGCGUAAGGACGCCCAACGUGACGGACUAA